AUGUCCAAGAAGAACAUGGUGUGUUUCUGGAUCGUACUGCUCCUGUGCCAAGAGCUGUGGACCGACCCGAUCGCAGAGAUUGGACCAUCCUCCGGCAUCCUGAUUCAAGAGACACCAGGGUUCAUCUUGACAGAGAAGAGGAUCCUGACCAGAC